AAAGAUUUUGAAGACAUUUGAUGCGCACAUCUCAAGGUGGAUGAGACAUGCCAGGAGCGCACAAUACCAGUCCUUACUGAUUAGAUCCACCGGCAACAUAAAGUAUCCUGCCUCUAGCAUUGUUGAAAACAUCUAAGAUCAAACUGGGAAUGUAUUCGGAGCCUGAUUCAAUGGGACAUACACCCUCAUACGAACCACCAUCCCAGGAGGCUGUCAAACCGAUACCAGCAUUCUAUUGCGCCUACUUGCUGCGGUCAACUGUCAGACACGCCAGUCUCUAUAUUGGAUCUACCCCCAACCCUGCAAGGAGGCUGGCACAACACAACGGCCUCAUAAAAGGCGGUGCCAAAAGGACGCAUAAAGACUCCCUCAGGCCAUGGGAGAUGGUCAUGCUCGUGAGCGGCUUUAUGAGUAGAACGGCGGCACUGCAAUUCGAGUGGGCAUGGCAACAUACACCAAGUUCUCGUCAUGCCGACCACGAAGAUGAAUCAUCGCAGCCUCCUGUGCAGAUAUAUCCCCGUUCAGAAAGGCGGGCCAAGCGCUCCUCUCGUCCUCGCUCAUCUCUGAAAAGCAUCCUGAAAUCCUUACAUCUCUUAUUACGCUCGCCCUACUUUUCUGUCUGGCCACUAGAAGUCCAUUUCUUCUCAGCCGAGAUUUAUCGUGCAUGGCAGGGUUGUUGCCAGCUGCUAGACAAUUUAAUUCCAGACUCCAUCAAUGUCGUCGUGGACCAAUAUAUCGAAAAACAACAAGACGGGACUAAACCAUUCGAUUCUCUCGACAUCAAAGAUGCAAAGCUCAAAAAUUACUUUGCCAAGGCUGAGUUUCUUCUUGAUAAGCACGUUAUUCCUUGUGGCAUUUGCAAACAAAAGCUGAAUCUGGAAGACGACCUGAUAGCCAUCUGCCCGCACGGACAAUGCAAUUGCGCAUCCCAUAUACUUUGUCUCUCAUCUAAGUUCCUUGAGAUUGGGAAUGCGCCAAACAGAAUAAUUCCCAUGAACGGGAAAUGUCCGAGCUGUAGUUCAAUCAUAGAAUGGUCCAUCUUAAUGAAAGAGAUGACUCUGAGGAUACGGGGCAAAAGGACUGAGACGAAAAGUCGUUCUGGAAGGCUAAAAAGAAAUGGAGGUGUUCCCUUCAUAGACUCAGCUUACUCCAGUUCAACGGGAUCCCGGGAUAAGUUCUCUGAUUUCGACGCGACCGACAAGUUCGACCAAAGUGAAAAUAGCUGGGGCCCAAAGCUACGCGUUAUUGAAGAAGACCUUGGGCUGCUGUCUCUUGAAUCGCCGGAAAAAAGGUGCUCCUAGGUCAAGACGCACCAAUCUCAACGGCACGUCUAUGCGAGGCUGAAAAGCGGCGACAAAUGAUGAUGCAGAAUGGGAAGAUGUAAUAACCAUUGACCGAGUAUCGUCAUUUCGAGAGAACUGGGUGUUGUUCAAAAGGGCAAGUGGCCUAGUUGCCUCAAUGGACCUUCGAUGGAAUCAACCGCAGAUAGCACCUGUGCAGAGAUAUCUCGUGCAACUUGUUCCUUGGAUUGAUUUGCAUCAAUUAUGCGCAUCUCCUCGUUGUUUUCCAUCCCCUGCAUCGACUUGAAAAGCUCGCCAACCCGCAGCUGGAGAGUGACAUUCUCGUAUCUUUCCAAGCCGUAGCCGCCUCUGCUUUCAGCUUCUUCUGGGGAUAUAUUGAGAAAGAACCACAAAUCCGGCCGGGGUAGCCCAAUCUCAGGUUGCCACGCCCACUCCAGUGACAGCUCCCUGUUAUUUUUUGCAGCGGAAUAGACGGCGCCAGAGUAAGAAUAGCGGUCAAUGACUAUAG